AUGCCAAACACAAAGACAGUCCACGUUCCCCAUCUGGGCGGCAUUGACGCAGCAUACCAGAUGCCCUACUCAUAUGACUCGUCUAAACCCACUCUGGUCCUAGUCAACAGUUUCACUACCUCGUCUGAGCUCUACCGCAAGCAGUAUGCUAACAAACAGCUGACCGACAAGAUGAACCUCUUGGCCAUUGAGCUGCUUGGACACGGACAGACAAGGACGAAAUCGGAGAACUUUACCUACUGGGACACCGCGAUUAUGAAUCUUCAGGUCAUGGAGGCACUGGGGAUAUCCAAGGCUUUUGUCCUCGGGACGAGUCAGGGUGGAUGGAUCACGGUGAGGAUGGCGUUGCUUGCGCCAGAUAAGAUCCAAGGCAUAAUACCUCUCGGCACCUCCAUGGACCACGAAUCCGAACGCACCCGCAAACUCGGCUGCUGGGACGGCGCCGCCGCCUGCACCGGCCCCAUCAACAACUGGACCACCACCAACUCAACCCCAGAUUUCCAGCCCGAUCUCGACUACUGCAAUUUUCUGAUUGAUAUCGGAUUCGGCAAGGAUUGCCCCAAGGAGGAGCGAGAGUUCUGGUGCAAGACUAUUCAGGCGAAUUAUCAAGGGGAUGAGGGGAGAAGGAGGGCGAGGAUGGCGGCGAUUAAUUUGAGGGAGAGGGAUGGGUUGCAUGGGCGGUUGUUUGAUGUUGUCUGUCCGGUUAUGUGGUUGCAUGGUACCGAUGAUGCUGUCUAUUCAGUCGCGAAUGCGGAGGAAGAGAUUAAGUUGUUCACAAAUGCGAAGGCCACGGAUCUGGUUACUGUUCAGGGAGGUGCACAUUUCUUGUCGGCUUCGCAUCCAAAGGAGGUUGAUGAUGCUUUGAUCUCUUUUGUGGGAAAAUAUGCUUGA